AUGUCUGUUAAUUCAAUAUGGAGUUGUGGAUCAGGUGUUGGUAGUGGAUUGAGUAAGAACUCUGUGGUUCCAGGUGAAUCCGAUGUAUAUAAACAGGCAUUGGCAAACUUUGGAGAGAAGCCAAUCGUGCAAUCGGUAGCAUGCGCCACUGAGACAACUUACAUGGUGAUCGGCGGUGUUGUUAGUGCGUGUGGCGUUGGCAUGGUUGGUAGUCAGACUCGCUCCACAUACAACACUCCGACUCCGAUUGCACCACUGGACAAAUCGAAAGCUAAAUCGGUGGUAUGCAACACUCACCAGAGUAAGAAUUUCAUUUUCGUGUUGAUGGAGGACGGUUCUCUCUUUACCAUCGGUAAUUCCAAUGAUUUCCGUACGGGACUCGGAAGUGAAAUCGAUAUAAUGACACCGAGAUUCGUCGAUGGAUUCGAUUCACCGGUGCACCAAGUUGUGGUGGGAGUCUGCCAUUCCGUUGCGAUCACAGUGUCAGGUGGAAUCUACUUUUGGGGACGUCCUUUCGGCUACCGUGGUGAGCUCUUUACCACACCGACACGUUUUCCAAAGUAUGAAAAGAUUCUCAAUUCUCAAACGAAACUUAAACAGAUAGUUGCCGGAGAUUCAUUCACAUUGUUUCUCACCGAUGACGGUCAACUCUAUGGAGUGGGUGACCAGGAGGUAGCACACUGUUUGGAUUCCACACGUGAUUUGGAGACUGAUCAACCUGUACUUCUUGAAUUCAAAGACAAUGGUCAAGUAUCACAGGUGACUUGUGGUGAUUCACACGUAGUCAUUCUCACCGACGAUGGAAGAGUAUUAUCAUGGGGACUCAACAAGAAUGGUGCACUCGGUAUCAACAUGGUUACCUACGAUCACGCUCAAUUGAAACCAAUGUUUAUAGAUGCACUGCCAAAAUCUAUCUAUAUUCACAGUUCCUACUAUUCUAAUUUUGUAAUCACAGAAUCAGGUGAUGUUUUUUCAUGGGGAUACAAUGUAAAAGGUAGUUUGGGUACAAAUCAUACAAGAAAUUUAAUUACUCCAGAAAAAGUUGUUGGAUUGCCAACUGCAGUGGAAGCAGAUAUUAGAAUCAGUGCAUUUGCAACAUGUGAAAGUUACACAUUGUUUUUAAUGACAAGCAAUCUAAAUGGUCAGAUUCCAGAGAUUGUUGGAAAAGUUGAUUUGAAAGAAUAUCAAGGAAAACAGCUUCCAAGAUAUCCAGAUAUUCCAGAGUGGAUGGCCAAUCCAGAUAUCACAGAUCCAAAAGUCUUGAGUACAGGUUCAAUUUUCGGUACUGGAAAUGAAGUGGAUCACUCAAUGGUUAUCUUUAGAAACACAAAGAACUUGGACGACAAGGGAAAACCAAUUAGUGUUGCAGUUGGAAGUAAAUGUUCAUAUGCCGUCUACGAAGAUGGUGCAAUGUACGCCUGGGGAAAUGGAUAUGCUCUGGGUCAAGGAACAGAAACAAUAUGCAAAGAACCAUCGAGACUAUGGGAUUUGGACAUGGUCAAGGUUGUUCAGUGUGUCGCUUGUAUCGAUGACGUAGCUUUUGCAAUAACAGAUCGUGGUUCUGUCUACGGUUGGGGAAAAGCAAUCAAUUAUAUUCAAGGAACCGGACAGGAAGCUGAUUCGGUACAUCCAAGAAUGUUGGAGGGAUUCCAGACUGGAAUAAAGAAGCUGGCAGUCAGUGGAACACAUUGCUUGGCAUUGGACAAGAACGGUGCAAUCUAUGCUUGGGGUAUGGGAAAGGCACUUGGCAAUAGAAAUAGAUCUUCCACUGAGAAAGGUCCAAAGAAAAUACAAGAUCAAACAUUUUUGGCGAUCGAUAUUGCAGCCGGUAGAAAUUUCUCGAUGAUGCUGACAGAUUCCGGUCAUAUUCUCUCGUGGGGAGAAGGUCUGCAAGGUCAACUUGGACAUGGAAGUAACAAAUUUGCAAGUCUUCCAACUUUGAUUCGUGACAUUCCAGAUAAAUUCGUAUCGAUUGCAGCUGGUCCAGACUAUGCAGCAGGUGUCACUUUGGAGGGAGAUGUCUAUAUGUGGGGAUCGAAGGAGAGUGAGUUAUUGGACUUUAUCAACCCAUCGAAUACUGCUGAUUUCUAUGAUAGACCACAGAAAGUUCCAAGAUUCGGAACGAUAUCGACAUUGGAGUGCACUUCUUUCAAUUGUUUCGCAAUAAGUGAUAAAGGAUCUCUGUUUGCCUGGGGUAAUCCACAUAUUGGAAUUGGAACAGGUAUGAAGAUAAAGUCACCAUCACGUAUUGAAAGUGUUCAAGGUGCUAUUGUUCAGCAGGUAGCAGCCUCCGACUGGCAAUGUCUAUGUUUGGUCAGUCCAACCAGUACACCAGUAAAGAAAGCACCGGGAAUGGAGAUUGUAUUGAAAGAAGCAGCCACUAUUAUUUCACCACCAUCCACUCCACUUUCGAUGUUAUCAAGCGAACUUGUUGGAACUAAAAUAGCUGGUGCUGAGGAAGGUGAUUCCGUUGAAGAUAUCACUCAACAUGAAGAUUACAUCAAAACUUUGACUGAUGAAGUGAAAUUCUGGAAACAAAUCGAUCAAGAUAUGGAUAUUUCAGUUUGGUGUGGAAAAAUAGCAGAGGUCAAAGAGUUUUUGAAUCGUCCAGACUCUUAUCACUAUCCACCAAAUAUCACGCAAUCGAUUACUCACUCUCAGAAGGUUAUUCCAGCCGGUGAACGUGUUAUCAAGGGUUGGAUUAUGUAUAGCAUCAACUUCAAAGACUAUGAGAGUGAUCGUAUUGUCCUCAUUACAACAGAAGCAAUUCAUCGUUUGAAAUAUGACUGGAAAACCCUCAGUGUCAUCCACGACAAGGUCUUCCCACUCAAGGAUAUCUACAAGGUAAAGGUAGGUAGAUUCACCAAUUGGAAUAGAACGGUUUCGAGUUCACUACGAUCCAAAGUCUAUGAGAAACAAGUUGGUAUUCAAAUUUGGUUCCAAAAUCCAUCCACUUGGAAACCACCUUCAUUCAUCCAGCCAUUCAAAAAGAAUACCAAAGUACCGUAUAUCACUUUGAGACCGGCAGUCAACAUUGAAGGUAGCUCAGCAGAUGACCAAGAGUUGAUUUGUGCAGAGUUUGGAAGUGCUCUUCAAUGUGCUAUUCAUGCCAAACGUAAUGGAAACAAACCUAUUACUUUGCUACACAAAUUCUCAAGAGAUAGUCCAUCAAAGAAUAACGAACUACCACCAUUCCCAGUUCGUAAAGUAGAGGCUCUCCAAAGAUUUUCAGGCAAUGGUUUGCUGUCUUUUGCUCACAACAAAUUUAUUGCCAAAACACAUACCGGCUUCGUUGACCCCUCAACCACCACAACAACAAACAAUGCAAAAUAA